GUCGAAAUUAGGCUGCAGCGUUUCAGCAUGGAUCUCUCUGGGAAACUUAUUAUCAAAGCUCAACUAGGACAUGACUUGCGACGAAUCCCAAUACAUAAUGAGGAAAUCACUUACGAUGAACUUAUUUUAAUGAUGCAACGUGUCUUCAAACAGUAUAUUACAAAGGAAGAUGAAUUAUUGGUAAAAUAUAAGGACGAAGAUGGGGACUUUAUAACGAUUGAGGAUGAGUCUGAGCUCUCCCUCGCCAUACAGUCCAGCAAGGUGCUACAGAUUAAAGUCUUCGUUGUAAACAAACCUGAAAUAUUACAAUGUACUGCUCCAUUUAAAAACAGAAAAGACGGUGAAGCUAAAAAACUCGAAUCAGGGGAUACGUUUUCUUUAGUUUAUGAACUUCAACGGCUUGGUAACCACAUCCUAAACGUAGCUGAUCGUAUUCAAAAAACGUUUUCUGCCAACAGUUCCAUGGAUAUAGCUUUCACUAACUGUAAUCGACCUGAAAUAGUAGACAAAACAGACUCAAUAUGCAACCCGGAGAGUAACAAGGAAUUCGAUCCGUUGUCUAAUGUCCGAUCUACAGAUGUUACAAUCUCUUCUCCAAAUCCACCCAUCUACUUGUCAUCAAUCAACAGUUCAGAUAACAUUUCGAAAUCAAAAUCUUGUGUGCGUGUAGAUAAUAGAAUGAUUUUAGCAUGA